CGCGGCAUUUUGGACCCGACUCCCAGCUGGGCGGCCGUCAGCCAUCGCCGUCGAGCGGAGGCGAGACAAGUAUCUUUAGUGGUGGAUAGUUUAUAUCUCCCGCUCUCUCACGCCCCUUCCCUGACCGCGUCUCCUGCCUCCUCCCUCACGUGAAGCCAUGGCUGUGACACGCUACUGCAGUAGGACUGACGGCUUACUUAUAUAUCUGAACUACAAGUAGGGCGAGGGGCAGCGGCCGCGGAGUGUUGUGUUUGGGGGAGAGUUAUAAUAUAACGCUCGAGGGGGAGGUUCGCCGCUCUUGUUCCCCCCCGUAAAUUGAGGUGUGGAAGGCUCUCUCUCUCUCUCUCUCUCUGUCUCGUGUGUGUGUGUGUGUGUGUGGGUCCCCCUCCACCUCCCCAUCUCUCAUCUCCCUCUCCACCUCAUAGGUGGACCUGCCCGCAUUCUCUUGAUGCCUGUCUGUCUCUCCCGCCAUAGGGGAUAGAGAUUGCUGCCAUGGUCGGGCCACGCUUCCCUCUCCGCUAAACCCCUGCCCGAGCCGGUUGGUUCGGAAACACUUAUUUUCCUCUCCAUUUUUUAAAUACUUCGGUUCUCUCUGUCUCUCUCUUGACACUUUUUUUUUUCUUCCUUUCUGCUUCGUUUUUGACGUUUUUUUCCCCCACUUUAUCUUACAACUCGUCUGUUUUCGCUUUCUCUCAUCCUCUCUGGGCUACCUCUCCCUACUCCUCCUCCCCCCCCUACCCCCCUCACCUCACCUCCGCCCGUCUCCCAGCAAGCAUCACCAUCAUGUCUCCACGACUCCACGGGCACCUAGUCUAGGCCGCCGUCACCAUCACCGACCAUCAUCAUCAUUGUCGUCACCGUCAUCAUCGCCGGAUCGCUCUCCGAGACCUGUGUAUUAUGACCGAAAUGGUGAAAGCGCGUAACUACGAUGAAGACGGAUUUGUUAAGCGGGCAGCGUGUAUAUGUGUCAACGAGGACGAGACGCAGGUUUUGUUGGUGUCUUCCCGUCGUGACUCUGAGCUGUGGAUCGUGCCGGGGGGCGGGGUGGAGCCCAAUGAACUUCCCGACAUGGCCGCCAUCAGGGAGGUACGGGAAGAGGCGGGCGUGUGUGGCAUGUUGGGGCGCUGCCUCGGUGUGUUUGAGAACUCGGAGCGAGGUCAUCGGACGAGCGUGUAUGUUUUGGUUGUUAAGGAAGAGAUGGAAGAAUGGGACGAAUCUAAAGUAUUUGGUAGGAAACGAAAAUGGUUCAGCAUGGAGGAUGCUGUGAAGCAGCUAGCAAAGCACAAGCCUGUUCAGAGCAGUUAUGUAAGCCUCCUCCUCCCUAACACACACCGGGACCACACCACCGCCAACACGCAGUCACCGUCCAGCUGCCUGCCCACCCUCACCACUCCGCCAGCUCCGAGCAGCAUCAUUGAGAACCAGGUUGAUGUGGUCGGUGAAGUGGAUCGCAGCUCAGAGAUUCCCAAUGAUGUUCAGGAAGACGGAGCUGUGGAGUCGAUGCAAGAGCCGAGCAAGAGUCCGGUUUCGUCGCAGGAGGAUCUGAGCAACGGGUGUGUGGCCGAGGACGAUGACGCCGCCGCCGCCGACACAUAAGCUACUGCCAUCCCCUCUCAUCCACUUCAUGAUUACAAAUCACUCGUUUCACAUACAUACUGCCAUAUAUUAUUUUCAUCAUCUCAUUAUCUAAUUUAAAAAUAUACAAUAUAUUGUAUUUUACAAGGAAAUAUUGUAUUUUACAUAGUUUCCCCCAUUUGAUAUUAACACACCUCAAGUCAUCUUCGUGAAUUCAUUAUUGGCUGAAGUCGUUUGACAGUAACUAUGUGGUUAUUGUUUACUCGAAUGAUCUUAUGAAAAUCCUCAUCACAGAUUUGUAUUAUUACUUCCCGUAGCGUAGCGAGUUGUUUCUCGCGUCGUUCUGGACUCUCCUUGAUGUCUCCUUAUAUUUUCCCUCCAAUUAACCUAGGUAUAUAUUUUCUAUUUGUCAAAUUCCUUAAUUUUAGCUUUUGUAAUUUUAUUUUUUUUUCCCCCCCUUCUUCUCCCUGCAACAUUCCUGCGUACGUUCUCCUCCAUUGCUGACUUAUCCAGUGAGCCUGUUAUCACUGAUUAUGCGAUUUUUUUUUUUUUUUUUUUUUUCCUCAGACAUGCAGUUUUGAGUCCUCAUUGUGACCCCUCUUUUUGGCGUCGUCUUGCUGUCGUCUCUUUCGCUGUGCCCUUGGUUGUUGGUAUUGGCACCUUCCGUCCUUGGUGUUUGUCCUUUCGCAUCAUCCUUAAGUUAAUUUCAAAGGCACACGUUCUGACCUUGAGCGAUUGUUUAAUGUGUUGCUCAGUGUUUGCCUUGGCUUAUUUCAGCAAUGUAGUUGUAUCUUGAUCUAUCGUUUUAUGUCGCUGAAUAUCCGGCUUGCGUUCUAGUAUUCGUGAUGAUGGUGACCUAAUAUAAUUUUUCUCAUUAUGUUGAUGAAAUAGCAACUUGUUUCCUUGUACAAAUAUGCAUAUUUAUUAUUACGUCCUUCAUAUUGCCAUACUUGAUUUCCCGACGUUCCUUUUUAUUUUUUUUUUAUUAGUCGACGUACACGUUAUAAGACUUCGUUAAUACCUCAGAUUUUAAUCCUUUUUAUUUUUUAUCUGGUGUUAACACUCACCGUUAUCUUCUAUACCCCAGAUCCCGUUGACCAGAUCGUCGAGCGUCAGCUUGGCCACACAAGCAGUUGGUAACGUUAUAGGCAUCGCUAACGUCGAGUUGCCAUUGAAUGGUUACACUGAUGUGGUCCCAUUAAGUGGUCCCACCUGAUAAUCCCACCGAGUGCUCCCCUUGAUGAAAUAUCCCACUGACAUGGUUCCACUAAAUGGCUCCACUGAGUGGUACCACUAACUGGACCCAGUGAGCAGUAACAUUUAGUGAUUGCAUUGACUGGUCUUAUAUUGAAUGGUCCUUAUGAAUAAUCCCACCGAGUGGUCGCUCGGAGAGAUCCCACCGAGUGGUCGCUCGGAGAGAUCCCACCGAGUGGUCGCUCGGAGAGAUCCCACCGAGUGGUCGCUCGGAGAGAUCCCACCGAGUGGUCGCUCGGAGAGAUCCCACCGAGUGGUCGCUCGGAGAGAUCCCACCGAGUGGUCGCUCGGAGAGAUCCCACCGAGUGGUCGCUCGGAGAGAUCCCACCGAGUGGUCGCUCGGAGAGAUCCCACCGAGUGGUCGCUCGGAGAGAUCCCACCGAGUGGUCUCUCGGAGAGAUCCCACCGAGUGGUCUCUCGGAGAGAUCCCACCGAGUGGUCGCUCGGAGAGAUCCCACCGAGUGGUCGCUCGGAGAGAUCCCACCGAGUGGUCGCUCGGAGAGAUCCCACCGAGUGGUCGCACUGAGAGAUCCCACCGAGUGGUCGCUCGGAGAGAUCCCACUGGGUCCCAUUGGUCCCAUUGAGUGAUCCCAAAUUUAUUUUCCCCUAGCCAAUCUCAAUGUGUGCGUGUGUUGCCUUUCUGUCUACCCAAGUUAUCGUGUUCUGGUUAACAAGGUCCUGGGUAUUACAGUACUGUGUGCGUUUUGUUUUCUCUGGAUCUGUGGAGAAGCUUGAAAGGUUGCUCGAAGACUUAGUAUUAUUUAACUGUUCUUCGUGAAAGAGGCCGAUGUGAAAUGACGUUUAAAGAGUUCUUUCAUCGUGCUCUCCUCAGUGUUGGUCGAAAGUUUUGGAGCGUGUGAUGAGCAGUUGUGACUGCUGUUUUAAUGUAUUGUCAUUAAUUUAUUCAUUGUUUUGUACACACUUGUCACGUUUAUUUAAUUUUUUUUUUAUAUUUUUGAGUGAAUAUUGUGUGCUAAUAUUCUCAAUAGCCCAUAUUGGGACUUUAUCAAUGUCCAGAAUGUUUUAAUAAUUUAUUUAAAAAUUGAUUUAUGAGAAAUUGACUCUCCAAUUCUUCUUGACAGAGAGAAGUAAAUACUUAAUUUUCAAGAUGUAAUAUUGUAGGUAAUUUCUAUUUGCUUGUUUAUAAUUGCUACCGCAUGUAUAAAUAAAGAUUUAACAUUUUGUGCAAUCAACAUGAAAGUCAAAAUUGGUCCAAGUACAGGACUUAAUUUGGUUUUGAAGGUGUAUAGUAUACCUUUGGUAAAUGAAACUAAUGAAUUAUUAUAUUGUAGUAGUAAAGUAUUCCAGCAGUAAAAUAGGUACCUGGGUGUUAGUCAGCUGUCACGGGCUGCUUCCAGGGGGUGGAGGCCUGGUCGAGGACCGGGCCGCGGGGACACUAAAGCCCCGAAAUCAUCUCAAGAUAACCUCAAGAUAGUAGUUGGUAGGUAGAUUUACCAGUUCUCCGCCUCCUACACUUGCGCAGAGUUCACUAAAGAAAGUGCCAGUCACUGUGUUCAUGGAGGUGUUGUAAGUGCUGCAAAGGUUGAUGACCACUUACUGGUGAAUAUAUUGAAAGGUUGAUGACCACUUACUGGUGAAUACAUUCAAAGGUUGAUGACCACUUACUGGUGAAUAUAUUCAAAGGUUGAUGACCACUUACUGGUGAAUACAUUCAAAUCCUUCUGUAAUGUGGCUUUGCCAUAAUUCCAGCUGUGCUCAGCAUCCUGCAGAUAUCCGGACAUGCCUCUUUGCUUUGUCUCUCCGUCACACACAUGUCAAAGUGGCAACAAAGUGGCUUCAACUGUGUGUGUGUAGCAGAGAAAAGAUCAAAAAAGAGUUGUAGAUGUUUAUCUGUAGAAGAACAGCCCAAACCAUCAGUAGUUACUUGUCAUGAAGAAGGGCCGGUGGUACUAAGAGAGUUGUUUGAUUGGUUUUAUUUAUGAAGAAUCUAAUAAUGCAGCAUGAGUGCACUUUAUGCGUGUUGCCUACGUAUGCCUUUUUUUUUUUUUUUUAAUAUGUUUUGGCCAUCCCGAGUUGAAUGAAAUGGCAAAGAUGCACAACAUAAGCACUGUAUCUCGGUAGCCUUUUGUAUGACAUCAUUUCUUAAAGGUGGAUAUGUAAAUGAAUGGAUUUUUAGUGUGCUUUCUGGACGGAGUGAUGGAUCUUUUAUGCCCGCUGACAGGUAGCGCCGUUUGAAAUGCAUAACUCAAUACUUCUGAGUAUAUUGUUGUGUGUCCUUUGUGUACACACACCAAGUUCUCCGGGCCUAUUUUGGAUGAGGCUCCGUUUCUCAAAUUUUGUAUGUCUAUACUAAUCUGUUUUACGCAUAAGAGGUACGUGCUCGUCGGUGAGAGGUAUCGACAUUUGAUGAUAUCAGAGCAUGUUACUUUAACCUGAUUGGUAUUAUCUGGGAUAAUAAGAUUUCAUGUGAGUCUUGUCAUUGUUGCCAUAAUGGGAAAGCCAAGCUGGGAUUCUGUUAUGGCGAUAAUGGGAACUUGACAAAGUUUCCCUUGUUGCCCAUUUGCCGGCCUGAGGUGGUCACCCAUGGAUAAGUAUGCAUAAUUCUAACAGAUUCAUAGAUUUCUCAGCUUUAAUACUUUACUGUAGUCAAAAUAGAUAAACAAUUUUUUUUUUUUUUUUUUUUUAAUAUCGGCCAAGGUAUUGCUGUCUCAAUUUUUUUAUGUUUCCCUCAAGAAAGUAAUAAAAUAUUUCUCAUCUAUA